UGGGUAAAUAAUAUUCGUUUCAUUAAUAAAUUUUCGAAAAUGUCCGAUAACAAUUCUAAUUCUAACCAAUCGUCGACUACAAAUAAUAAAGAAGACAGACCGAAAUUAAAAAUAUUAGCUUUCCACGGAUAUCGACAAAAUGGUACAUUAUUUAAAGGUAAAAUAGGAUCAUUCAGGAAAACUGUGUCAAAAUAUGCUCAGUUAUAUUUUAUAUCAGCUACUCAUAAAGUAUUCAAUGAAGAAGGAGGAGGCGACGAAGAUUCCCGAUCAUGGUGGUUCAAUGCUGAAGAUAACACAUUCAGUGGUAAAUGUCUUGGAGGGCCAGCUAUUGGUUUCGAGGAUACUCUGCGGCUAAUAGAAGGGGUAGUUAAAGAAUAUGGUCCGUUUGAUGGAUUCAUGGGGUUCUCUCAGGGAGCUUGUCUUGUUGGACUCUUGGCUGCCAUGCAACAGAAAGGAUAUUUGCCAUAUACAUUUAAAUUUGCUAUUUUUGCAUCUGGCUUCCGGUCAGGAAGCUUGGUUCAUAAAGGAUUUUAUGAUGAAGACAUUGAUCUACCAUCCCUACAUGUUUAUGGAGAAAGUGAUUCAAUCAUACCAAAAGAAAUGAGCGAAUCUCUCAUUAAUUUAUUUAUUAAACCUGUGGUUGCGGAACAUUCAGGUGGUCAUUAUGUUGCUUGCUCUGGGUCUAUCAAAGAUGCCUACUUAGACUUCCUCCAUGACAGAUUUCAAGAUAUAUUUGAAGAUCCCGAGAAAAAUAAUAAAAGGAAUCCGUAGAGAAUUGUUAAGUGAUGACUGUAAAUAUUAAUAAAUAGAGUUUAACAUCA